UAGACAGGAACACAACUUCCUCUGCAACAGCGACAAUCUGACUGAAACCACACAGACUGUCUGCGUCAGUGCACAAUGGAGAGAGCCGCUGUGUUGUCAGCCCGCAGGAGUCCGUCAGUACCACAAUGCAACAUCUCAACCUCCACCUUGGCCUUCGACCAGCACUUCACCACAACUGCCAAAGGAAUCCUCCUGAUGGCUGAGAUAGUGUGUGGUAUGUUGGUGUGGAUUCUGGUAGGGGGUACAGAGUAUUUUCAUCUGCCUGCUCUCUGCUGGGUGAUGUUUGUUGCCAUCUUGUGCUGGGUUCUGACCAUUUGCCUGUUUAUAAUUUACCUCACUGGAGCCCACAACAGGAUACCACAGGUCCCCUGGACUACAUUGUCGCUGUGUUUGAACUGUAGUGCUACGGCUCUGUACCUGGUGACGGCAGUAGUAGAUGCUCACUCAGUCAACCAGGCCAUUAGAGGGCGACACAACUACAACUGCUGGGCAGCAUCUGCAUUCUUUGCAUUUCUGACCACACUGUGCUAUGCAGGAAGCAGUUACCUGAGCUACCGUGCCUGGAAAACCACAGAAGAGGGACAGUAGUCUUGUUACUUGCUGUUUGAAGGAAACAUUGUUCAGACUGUCUCUGAGGAACGUGUCUGAUGGAGAUUCUUUGGUCCAGGACAAGGCUUCAGUCAAAUUAAAAAUUGCAAAACUGUUGCAUGUCAUAUUUUUAGCAGGCAGACAUAAAGGCAGAGGGAGACACUUUUGCUUUCAACAAGUUUUUGUGGACUGUAUAACUAAACAGUAAUAAUAAUUUGCACACAGUCACAAGAGGAAAAACCUCGAAAUCAAAGAGUUUGUCACAUGCACGACAAUUUAAUGACUCGGACUGGACAUUUCAUCAACCAUUAAAAAUACGCAGAAAUAAAAUUAAUUUAGACAUUUAUAUAAUUCCUCAAAAUACAUGUGAUCUUGAUUAAGUGCUGCAGAUGUACAACAUGCUUUUACCACUUGCCCCUUCCUUUGAUACAUGAAAAAGUGUUGGCUAUAUUGUACAUGUAUAGUAGAUCCUGCAUGUUUAACUGCAUCAAGGUCACAAACUGAGCUUAGAUUUAGUCACCAUUAAUUAAUUUUUUUUUCCAUUGUUAAUAAAUCAUUGUUCCAUAGACACAAUUUUCCAGAGGUAUUGAUAGAAAAAGUGGUAUAAUAUUAUCCAGUGCACAUAUGUUAAUACAUGUUGCACUGAUCAUUUCUUAAUGGAAACAUAUUCUCAGUUUAUGAUUAUUAAUCACUAUUGGAUUAUUAUUAUCACUUUUCCCAGUGAAGUAAUCCCACUGGUAGUGAAGCGGCCACUUAACAGUCUGAGCUCUGCGUCCUUGUGGAUUGGGUAGAAGUUAAAGGUGCUCAGACUAAAACUUGUAAAUAACUUUUACAAUAUCCACCACAUUGCAUAUUAGAGUGUAUUCCAGCCACCCUCCUUUUGAGAGCUCAGUGAGUGCUCAGUCAGUGACUAAAUGCACUGGGUGCAGGCUAUAUGCAGCUCAAGGGAAAUCUGAAAUAAAACAUAAAUCUGGGGUAAGAAAAAAAUAAAUGACCCAUGCCUGCUUCCGAAAGUCUCAGGCCACCCUACAUUCAGCUAAAACAAAAAAUACAUAACCCUCCCCCUUUUUUGACCCCCCCAAUAAUUUUCGUACAUCCCUAUCUCAUCUAGACAAAAAGGAGGUAAGACUGACCCUCUCCCUCUGUGGAGAAGGAAGUGCCACUCCCACCUUCAACAGUAUGAGAGUAGGAGUAGUCCACCAUGGUAGCUGGAGAGGUAAAAAAAAGUUAUUAUGUGAAGGAAAAGGGGAAUCAGCUUGACUUAACCAUUUAUAUGCUAAGAUCUUAUUCGAAGAUAGAUGUUUGUGUAAAAAGUAUAAAAUUGGUGUGAAAAGGACUCAACAAGAUGGGUUAACUUCUCACAUUUUGCCAGGCAGCUGGCGCAGAGUACAGCAAAGAACAGGAAGGAAAACAUUCUGGUGUGUGAAGGUGUCAACACUGGAAUCAGAAACCAAUUCAGUAAACAUCAUCAUCAUCAUCAUGUAAUUAUCAACAGCUUUAUACAUUUCUUUAGACAUGAAACAAAUCUGACAUGAAACAAAUUUGUUUUUAGAAGCAGUAACUCAACAAUCUCUACAUGACCUGAAGUCAGUGUAACUAAAAAUAAAAUAAUUAGAAUUUCAAUAAUCAGUGCCCGCAGGCACAGUAAGAUGCUAAAGUUGGUCCAUUGUAAAACAAGUUAAGACCCACAUAGUUAACACAUGCAGAUACAGAUGUUCAAACUCACCUGCAGUUGUGAUCUCCUGAAACCAGCUUGAGUCCUGAGCAGAGGAUGAGCGGACACUGUGACAUGGUAACACUUAUAUAUCUAUACCUGGCCCCCUUACCACACACACACACACAGACACGCGCACACACACACACACACACACACACACACACACACACACACACACACACACACAAACAGGUCCUGGCAACACAAAGGCAACGGAAAACUUGAACAAGCAGCACAAAACCAAACCCAGCAAAGCAACUAGGAUGAACUGACAAAGAACAAAGGAAUCACACAGACUAAAUACACAAGUGAGGGAAGGAUAAUUAGACACAGGUGAAACUAAUCAGGGUGGGGGGUAUCUGCAGAUAAGUCCAUGCUGUUUCCAAGGUCAGGAAUGAACUCAACUCAAGCCAACAUGGCUGAGAAGUCCUUAAAGUGCUCAGACAAAAUGGAAAUUUGAACAUCAACAUUUCCAUGACAACGGGGCAAACUCCAUCUGCUUUCAGUGCUUUUAAUUGUGUGAUAUGAUCGAAAGCUCAGAAACAGCUACGAAAUGGACCUUGAGGGGAGAUUGCAUUGCCAACUACUUUUCCAAAGUCAAUAAUGAACUUUGAAAUUCUAUUUUUGUGAUGGAAACUGAAUCAAAAUAAUGUUACAAUGGUUUGAGAAGCAAACUAUUAAUUUAUCAGGAAUGUAACAGCUCCACUCAUUUAAAACUUAAUUGGCUAGUAAAUUAUGAGACUCAGAUUCAUGAGAGAUGGGGUUUACAAACUGGUUUAAGUCAGUAAAGCACAAAUGCAAUAGAUAUACCUCACUUUUCCCAUACGUGUGGUGCAAAAUAUGUUGCUGAACUUAAUGACAAACUCUCUUCCUGGUUCGAUUUCAAAUUCCCAGAACCUUAUGCCUGUUAGCAAAAUAAAAACAGGUGUGCUAUUGUUCAGCUGUCAGAGGAGGAAGGAAUGUUUGUGUAUGUGUGUGUGUUUCAUGUUCUUAUAUCCCCGUGGGGUCUUUAACCUGAAUGCACACUUAUCCAUGGGGACAAAAAUUGAGGUCCCCAUGGGUAGAGACUGCUUUUUGAGAGUUAAGACUUGGUUUUAGGGUUCAGGUUACAAUUAGGUUAUGGUUAGGGUAAGGGUAAAGGUUAGGCAUUUAUUUGUGAUGAUUAAGGUUAGGGUAAGGGGCUAGAGAAAGCAUUAUGUCAAUGACUGUCCCCUACAGGGAUAGUGAAACAAACAUGUGUGUACCUGCACCAUCCUGCCUCUCUACCUGUAAGCCUGAAUGCCAAAUAAACUACUAAAAGUCA